UCUCGUAUGAUAACACCACAAUACAACUCUGCGAUGACAGCAACGAACCAAAUACGAACUGGUACAGCAGAAACGAAUUUUUUCUCGUCGGCGAAAAAUCAAGUCGCAAAAAGGCAUAGAAAAAAAGAGAAUAUCCAGUAAGAAAAGAAAAGGAAAAUAAACAAGUAACCAAAAACAAGAGAAAAGAAGAAAUUUUUAAAACGGAUUAAGAAUUUAAACGAAGCUUUUUGGAUAUUGUUCUGUAGUAGCUUCGUUCACGAAAUCUUCUAACAAAAUCUUAACAGAGAAGAAGAAAAACCAGCAGCAGCAAAAACAACAACACACAACAAAAUGGGCACAAGGGAAGAUGAGUACGAUUAUUUAUUCAAAGUUGUUCUAAUUGGCGAUUCUGGUGUCGGCAAAAGUAAUUUACUUUCACGUUUCACGCGCAAUGAAUUCAAUUUGGAAUCGAAAUCAACGAUUGGCGUGGAGUUCGCCACACGUAGCAUAGAGGUUGAUGGUAAAACAAUUAAAGCCCAGAUCUGGGACACAGCUGGCCAGGAGCGUUAUCGUGCUAUUACAUCAGCCUAUUAUCGUGGAGCUGUUGGUGCUUUGCUUGUCUACGACAUUGCAAAACAUUUGACAUAUGAAAAUGUUGAGAGAUGGUUGCGGGAGUUGCGCGAUCAUGCCGAUCAGAAUAUUGUCAUUAUGUUGGUGGGUAACAAGUCCGAUUUGAGACAUUUGCGGUCAGUACCAACGGAUGAGGCUAAACUGUUUGCCGAACGUAAUGGCCUAAGUUUCAUUGAAACUUCAGCGUUAGAUUCUACUAAUGUUGAAACUGCAUUCCAGAAUAUACUCACAGAAAUCUACCGUAUUGUUUCCCAAAAGCAAAUACGUGAUCCACCAGAGGGUGAUGUUAUUCGUCCUGGCAAUGAUGUACCCAUUGAUAUUAAGCCGACUGUUACUAAUGAUGUACGCAAACAAUGCUGUCAGUGACCGCCUUAUAGCUGCCCCUCAAUCCUAAAACAACAACCACAACAACUAUUACACCUUUAUUCAAGAACACGCUAAAAGCCCAUGUUAUGGUUUUCUUCCUUUCUUCUUGAUUUCUUUACCUUUUUUUGUGUACCAUUCUAUUCUUUUUUUCCAUUUCUAUUCUUUAAGAAGCGUUAUUUAAUUAGUGAAAAAAACAGUUCAAUUACACAACAACAACAAAAAACAAGAAAUUAUUAUUAUUAUUCGUAUUAUAAUUAUUGGAAAGAAAUAAAGCAGCAAUUUCCAUCGUGUUUGCUUUUAAAUGUCCACAUCAUUGAACAACAACAAUAACAAAAAAGCAAAAAACGAACUUCUUAAUUAUUAGCUUCAUUCCAUGUUAGCCAUGAGUUUUUCUAUUGUUUCCUUUAGCUCUCUUCUUUGCCAAGUCCUUGGAAUAUUUUCACUUUUUUCCUCCCUUCGUUUGCAACUCGCAUUCAUACGAAAACACACACACGCAAAUUGUCCAUUUGAAAUGAAGGAAAAAGAAUCAAAAAUAUUCAAGAAGAAAAAAAUGAAAAAAAAAAAAGAUUUUUAAGCUAACUCGUUGGCCAAAAUCACAGAAGACCCCGGCCAACGUUUAUCAAUUAACAAGAACAACAAAAA